GCCCAAAUAAAUAGGCCCAUCAUUCCAGCCCAUCCUUUUGAAAAACCUAGUACUAUAAUAUUAACCUUCUAAAACCCUAGUCUUUCUUCUCUCUGUGCGAAGCAAAGCAAAUAACAAAUCAUCAGCGCUUCUCGCCGCCGUCGUCGUCAGUUCCAUCAUUAUUAUUGUAGAACAUGGUGAGAGUAAGUGUGUUGAAUGAUGCUCUUAAGAGCAUGUACAAUGCUGAGAAGAGGGGAAAGCGUCAGGUCAUGAUUAGGCCUUCUUCAAAAGUCAUCAUCAAGUUUCUCAUUGUCAUGCAAAAGCAUGGCUAUAUUGGAGAAUUUGAGUAUGUUGACGAUCACAGGUCAGGAAAAAUUGUUGUAGAACUGAAUGGCAGGCUCAACAAAUGUGGUGUCAUUAGUCCUCGCUUUGAUGUUGGAGUUAAGGAGAUUGAAGGAUGGACUGCAAGGUUGUUGCCUUCCAGACAGUUUGGAUACAUUGUACUGACUACCUCUGCGGGUAUUAUGGACCAUGAGGAGGCUAGAAGGAAGAAUGUUGGUGGAAAGGUUCUUGGUUUCUUUUAUUAAGCGACAAGAAUGAACACCCAGCUUUGGUCUACUUCGGCCUUCAUUACAAUUGAAAGUUUGUUCUGAGUUUUGUUUUCCUUCAAUUGUUAGUUCGGAUAUUAUCUGCAUCUGCAUUUCUUGGAAAAGAUUAUUAGUAUUGUUAACUUGCUUCAGGAGAAUAUAUAAGUUGCUGUUUGUCUA